AUGAACAACAUCGCCCCAGCCAAGAUAGACGUCGAGACGGUGGAGAAUGUCAAGCCAGUAGGGCUGGAGGAGCUUCCACUGCCGGUCGAACUCGCAUCGUUGGAUCGAGAUGAGAUCAAGAGGAUUGAGAGGAGUCUGGUGAAGCGACUAGACUUUUGCUUGUUGCCGGCGGUGGUUGUUCUCUUUCUGAUGAACAUUCUCGAUCGCAACAAUAUCGCCAAUGCAAAGAUCGCCGGUCUGCCGCAGACUUUGGGGAUUACCAAUACGCAAUAUAACACUUCGUUGAUGAUCUUCUAUGUUGGAUAUGUCAUCACUCAACUCCCAUCCAACGUCAUCAUCACCAAAGUCAAGCCGUCCAUCUACAUCGGCAGUGUGACAGCUGCAUGGGGCGUUGUCUCCAUGUGUCAGGCAUUCACUCGCAACUUUGCCGGUCUCUUCAUGAGUCGAUUCAUUCUCGGGCUGGUCGAGGGUCCAUUUCUCCCUGGCGUGUUUUUCUUGAUGUCGUGUUGGUAUAAACGCACAGAACUGCCUCCUCGCAUUGCUCUAUUAUAUGGUGCCAACAUGCUGGCGAGUGCCUUUGGAGGUCUCAUCGCAGCUGGUAUUGUCGCUCGCAUGGAGGGGAAACUAGGAAGGCCGGCUUGGGAAUGGCUCUUUAUCAUUGAAGGCUCCAUGACCAUCGUCAUUGCACUGUUGGUUAUUCCUUUUAUCCCCGACUAUCCAGGAUCUACAAAACGAUGGUGGUUGAACCAUCAACACCAAGUCCUUGCAGACUGGCGACUCCGAAAUGAAAACGCCGGCAUCGUCGAUGAUGAUCCGGGAUCUCUUCUUUGGGGCGUCAAACAAGCCUUUGUCGAUCCGAAGCUAUACAUGUUCAUCGUGCUGCAAAUGGCUCUUCUCACUGCACAGUCAUUCAACAACUUCUUUCCCUCGAUUGUGGGCACAUUAGGAUAUGACGAUACCAUAACUUUAUUACUAACUGCACCACCAUAUUUCUUCGCUUUUAUCUGCUCGCUUUGCAUCUCCUUUCAUGCGGCACAUGUCAACGAACGAGGAUACCACAUUGCCAUUCCUCUCGCCUUUGCCCUUUUGGGUAAUCUCCUAGCAAUGUUCGUCCCCUCCCUCGGCGGCCGCUACUUCAGCAUGUUCCUCAUGACAGCCGGUUCCUACUCCCCAUACAACCUCUGCGUGUCAUGGGUGAGCUCGACACUCCCCCGACCAAAGGCAAAACGAGCAGCUGCUCUGGCAAUCAUCAACUUGAUGGGCGCGGGCGUCGCCCACUUUUACACCUCGUACAUGUUUCCCGAUUCGCAGAAGCCGCGGUAUUACGCCGGCGGUGGGGUGAUGAGCGGUGCGUGUCUGGUGUGUGCGUGUAUGGCGCUGGGGAUCAAAUGGCAUCUCAAGAGGGAGAAUGCCAGAAUUGAACGGGCAGAGGUGGAAGAGGGCGUCGUGGCUGGUUCGGCUAUUGGGGCUUCGAAGCAGAAUGCGGAUGCGGUUUUGUCUUUUCGAUAUGUGCAUUGA